GUUAUUUAUUUUCUACUUAUUCGAUAUAAUCUCGAAAUUUGUAAUCUCAUUCGCAUCGUCGACGGGGGAAGUCCCUGGUGUUCUAUAUAUAAUCCAGCUAUUUGUAAAUUCAGUGCUUUCUUCAUUUAAUGAACUACAAUUCAACUUUUGAACUCUGAAUUCAUAUUUCAUAUCUCGUGAGCAUAUUAAAAUCUGCUGCAGUGAAACAAUAAAUUCCACUCUAGUGUCGAAAAAAUUGAUCGCGAGUCGUAACAAAAGCAAGUUCGGAUUUGGAGAACUUUCGAGGGGCGUGUCCACGUUAUCAAAUGGGGGCAACAUAUUCUCCUCGAGAAAUCGAUCCCGUUCAUCCAAGUAAAACUGAGCAAUUAGCCAUGUGGAUAAAUCGUGUUCGUUCGAAAAAAGUAAUGCGUCGUAGAAACCGGAAACGCGAUCUCAGAGUCGAGGCGGUGCUGACGUCUGCGCUCUUCAAGGCCGAGUUUGAGUUGCGCACGAAGCAACGCUUGCGCAACAUCAAGUGGCAGGAACUAAAAAAGGAACUGAUGCUUGACUACAAAUAUGGCAGCCCGAAUUGCAGUGAAGAAUAUUCAAAUUACUUGCGAUGUCAUGAUCACAAUCCGUGGAAAGAACCUGUCUGCGAGGAAUUAAAUAGUCUGAACGAAUUUAUGACCCAGUUGAGUGAAAUCAAAAUUCCAAUUGAGCGAUGAGCAUCUCUAGGGGCGAAGCUAUUAUUUACCUGUCGACAUUUGUGCUGAUGUCGUUAGUCGUACCUUUGACGUUUUUAGGUUAAUGAUGCCUUUGCCUCGACCAGUGAUUG